AUGGCCAACGUGCAGGCCGUUCUCUCUGCACUCGAGGUCUUCAGUCGGGUCCCCGAGAAAGCCGCUCUCGAGCAGGCCAACACCUGGCUGCAAGACUUCCAACACUCCUCAGAAGCCUGGUCGACAUGCAACGUCCUUCUCUUGUCUCCGGAGGCCCCUUUGGCGGCGAAGUUGUUCGCAGCGCAGACGUUCAGGGCGAAGGUCACUUAUGAUCUAUCUCAAAUGCAACGCGAAGACCUUCUACACCUACGGGACACGCUCCUGACUGCAUUGGAAACGUACCACACCGGCCCCCGAACCAUCCUAGUACAGCUCUGCCUUGCAAUCUCCGCGCUUGCUUUGCAGCUCCCCGCAUGGCAAGACCCCGUCCAAUCUAUGAUCGAAUCAUUUGGAAGGAAUCCCGCCACUGUGCCGGCGUUGUUGCAGUUUUUGACAGUACUGCCGGAAGAAGUCACCACGAACACCAAGAUUCCUAUCACAGACGAAGAUUACAAAGAGAGGGCCGCACAGCUGCUCACGAUGAACGCACCCAAGGUGACCGAUCUACUGGCGAUGUAUUUGCAGGCCCCAGGUGUAACUUUUGCCGUGCAAAUGCAAGUCUUCAACGCUCUGAGUAGCUGGCUCGCGGCCGGCGAAAUUGUGGCUAUGUCACUCCUUAACUCACCGCUGCUGCCUUACACGUUCCAAGCCCUGGCUUCCGACGACCUCUUUGAUUCUGCGGUCACCGCGAUCUGCGACCUCAUCCACGAAACACAAGAAGUUGACGACAACAUGCCUGUUAUCGAGGUCAUUGUCCCUCAGGUCAUCGCGCUCAAGCCCAAGCUCGUGGAGUGCAAGGAAGACCCAGAGAAGAUCAGAGGCUUCGCUCGCAUCUUCGCAGAAGCAGGGGAGGCUUACCGGGGUCUCCUCCUCCACCACCCGGACACAUUCUUCCCAAUCGUCGAGGCUAUCGGGGAGUGCUCUGCCUAUCCGGACCUCGACAUCGUGCCGAUCACAUUCAACUUCUGGAUGCGGUUGGCUCAAAGCAUUGGGAAAAAGUCAUCCGUCCCGCCUCUCUUCCUGGACGCGUACAAGGCCCUCAUGAGCGUCAUCAUCCGUCACCUUCACUUCCCUGCCGACAUUACUUCCCUCACUGGCCAGGAGGCCGAGAACUUCCGCUCCUUCCGCCAUGUCAUGGGUGACACUCUCAAGGAUUGCUGUGGUGUUUUGGGGACGGAGCAGUGCUUAUCUGCUGCAUACGAACUCAUCACCAGCGGUCUGGCCCGUCCAAACAUCUCGUGGCAGGAAAUCGAGGCACCUCUGUUCGCCAUGCGCUCUAUGGGUGCGGAAGUGGACUCGAAUGACGACAAGGCAGUUCCCAAGAUCAUGGACCUCAUCCCGUCGCUGCCGUUGCACCCUCGUGUUCGCUAUGCCGCUCUCCUCAUCAUUUCUCGCUACACAGAAUGGAUCAACAAGCACCCCGACUAUAUCCCUUACCAGCUCCAGUACAUCUCUACCGGGUUUGAAGACACUGACCAAGAGGUCAACGCGGCAGCUGGGCAGGCACUGAAGUACCUGUGUCAAGACUGCAGACGGCAUCUCGUCGAGUUCUUGCCGCAGCUACAUUCGUUCUUGGCGACGAUGGGUACCAAGUUGGCCCAAGAUGACAAAGUGCAGGUCUACGAGGCCAUCGCAUACGUCAUCUCAGCGAUGCCGAUGGAGCAGGCGGCGCAGUCUCUGCGGACAUUCUCGCUCGACAUUCUCGGACGCGUACACACACUGGCAAGCAAGACCGCGCCUGCAACGAAGGAGGAGUUAGUAUCCAUCGCCCAUGACCUGGAAAACCUGGAGGUGAUGUUGGGAGUCGUCCAAUCGUUCGGCGAGCAGCUGCCCACAGCAUGUCAAAACACUCACCAAGAAGCUUGGGCUGUGUUUGAACCGUUCCUCGAGAAGUACGGCGGGGAUUACCCCAUCUGCGAGCGUACGACGCGUGUACUACGAGCGGGCCUCACCUUCUUUGGUGCCUCGGUGCUGCCCAUCACCCCUUCAGUCCUCAGUAGAAUGGGCGCUUGCUUUGAGACGACAGGGUUCUCAAGCUAUCUCUGGCUGGCCGGCAAGCUCGUUGGACGUUUCGGCGAAGAGGGUGAUCCAGCAAUACGUGCCGCUUUCAAGGACGUGUACGAGAGGGCUUCGAACAAGAUGGUAGCCUUACUUCAUGAGAAGACCCCUCAGAUGAUACCAGACGUGAUGGAAGACUAUCUGCACAUGACGCUGCAGAUGGUUGAGUUCGCUCCUGACGUCUUCUUCCCCUCGCCAGCCUUCGCCGUCGCCUUCAGGGUGGCUAUGGCAGGCUUGACGCUUGUUUACACUGACAUUGCUUACGCCGGCAUUGACCUUAUCCGCACUGUCCUUGCCCACGAAUGCCUUGCGCCAGCAACACAACCACCCCCUCCCAAAUUCCCAAUAUACGCUCAAGCCAUCCGGCCAGUCGUGGAGCAAGAAGGGUCAACGGUCACAGGCUACCUCUUGUCCGGCCUCGUCGGCGACUUCCCCGAGGAAUCGAUCCACAUGGUCAUCACCAUCUUCCGGGUUCUGGCAAGGCUGUGGCCUCAGCAGCUGCUUGUCUGGCUCCCGCUCGCUACUCAACUGCUCCCCUCUACGGCGGCCCCAGACGCGGUGAAGGCGGCAUUCCUGGCCGACAUGACCAGCACCAUCCAAGCCGGAGACACGGACAAGGUCAAGUACGGGAUCACUAGCCUCCACCGGGCGUCGCGGAAGGCGCGGGACCGCCGGCGGAUGGGGCCCAUGGACGGAUGA